GUUGUUGUUUUCCAGAAGUGAAAGUGUUUCUCUUUCAGCCUCGGCGCCAUUUUAUUGCUGCUGGAAAAAUAAAGAAAAAGCUGCAACAGCAGGCGGAAACGGGGACAUUAAUGUCCCCCAGCAUGGAGUGCUGAGUAAAAGAGUGAAAUUCCUUCCAGCAGAAGAGAUCCGCGUCUUCAGGAAUCAGCAGGGAGUCCAUGAGCUGUGUGUCCAUACACUGAUAUUCAAAAAUGGAGAGCCGGGAUCUGGACACAGAUAAUGUGACCCCACCCUCAGAAAACCGUAAAGUCCAGAUGAAGAGAUCAGACUCACCAGAACCCAGCUGUGUCUCCAUGAAGAGCGAUGCAUCUAUGGGUGUUCCCUUUAACUUUAAAACUGGAAACCCGUCACCUGGACACAGUGAAGUCCAGAUGAAGAGAUCAGACUCACCAGAACCCAGCUGUGUCUCCAUGAAGAGCGAUCGGUCUAUGGAGUGUCCCUGGAAGUUUAAAACUGGAAACCCGUCACCUGGACACAGUGUUUUACAGAAGGCAGGAGACAGAAGAGAAAAGAUCUUCAUCACAGAUACAGGACACGCCCCAGAAUCUCCUGCUGUAAAUGAAUUCCAGAAAAAGUUCAGAUUAAAUCUGAUGAAGAAGUUUCAGUGUUUAAAUGGAGUGAUGAUAAAGCCGGAAACGCGAGCGCUCCUGAAUGAGAUCUACACCGAGCUCUACAUCACAGAGGGAGACAGUGGAGACGUCAAUAAAGAACAUGAGGUGAGACGGCUCGAGGCAGCGUCCAGGAGAAAAACAACAGAGGAAACGCCAAUCAAAUGCAGCGACAUCUUUAAGCCCUUAUCUGAAGAAGCCCAACCCAUCAGAACUGUAGUGACAAAGGGCGUGGCUGGUAUCGGAAAAACAGUCUCUGUGCAGAAGUUCAUUGUGGACUGGGCUGAAGGGAAAGCAAAUCAGGACGUCCCCCUCAUAUUUCCACUUCCUUUCAGAGAGCUGAAUCUGAUGAAGGACCAAAACCUGAGUCUGCUGGAGCUCCUUCAUGUCUGCUUUAAGGAAACCAGAGAAACAGAAAUGUCCAGGUUGGAAAAGGUUCUGUUCAUUUUUGAUGGAUUGGACGAGUGUCGUUUCCCUCUGGAUUUCCGGAACACAGUGAGAGUGUGUGAUGUAACUGAAUCAGCAUCAGUGCGUGUGCUGCUGAUAAACCUGAUCAAAGGGAAUCUGCUUCCCUCUGCUCUCGUCUGGAUCACCUCCCGACCAGCAGCAGCUGAUCAAAUCCCCUCUGAGUACGUCCAUCGAGUCACAGAGGUACGAGGGUUCAAUGACCCCCAGAAGGAGGAGUACUUCAGGAAGAGGGUCAGUGAUCGGAGCCUGGCCGAGAACAUCGUCACACACCUGAAGUCAUUAAGAAGCCUGUACAUCAUGUGUCACAUCCCAGUCUUCUGCUGGAUUUCAGCCGCUGUCCUCGAGAGAAUGUUGGGUGAAGCAGAGAGUGGAGAGAUCCCCAAGACUCUGACUCAAAUGUACACACACUUCCUCAUCAUUCAGACAAACGUCAUCAGAGAAAAAUACUCAAAGAAGCAGGAGAGUGAUCAAGAAAUGCUGCUCAAACUGGGACAACUGGCUUUUGAGCAGCUGGAGAAAGGCAACCUGAUCUUCUAUGAGGAAGACCUGCGAGGGUGUGGCAUUGAUGUGACAGAAGCAGCAGUGUACUCAGGUGUGUGUACGCAGAUCUUCAGAGAGGAGCCUGGGCUUCACCAGAGUAAAGUGUACUGCUUUGUUCAUCUGAGCAUUCAGGAGCAUCUCGCAGCUCUGUAUGUGCAUCUGACCUUCAUGAAGGAAAAGAGAAAUGUUCUUGAUCAGAGUCGGUCCUUUGAGACAAUUUCAGAUGUACACAGGAGGGCUGUAGAUCAGACGUUAAAAUCUAAGACUGGACAUCUGGAUCUGUUCCUCCGCUUUCUUCUGGGUCUCUCACUGGAGUCCAAUCAGAAACUCUUAGAUGCCUUAGUAACACAGACAGGAAGUAGCUCCCAGAGCAAAGAGGAAACAGUUCAGUACAUUAAGGAGAAGAUCAGUAGAGAUUAUCAUCCUGCAGAAAAAUCCAUCAAUCUGUUCCACUGUCUGAAUGAACUGGGUGAUGAUUCUCUUGUGGAGGAAAUCCAACGCUACCUGAAAUCUGGGAAACGAAGUGAACUCUCUCCUUCACAGUGGUCUGCUCUGGCGUUUGUGUUACUGACUUCAGCACAGGAGCUGGAGGAGUUUGAUCUGAGUAAAUAUAUCAGUCCAGAGAAGGUAACAGAUCGGGUUCUUGUGAAGGUGAUGCCUGUGAUUGCAGCGUCCAGGAAAGCCGUUAUCAGUUGUGAUAGAAUUAAAGGGAGCGGCGCUGAAGCUCUGGUCUCAGCGCUCAACUCAGAAACCUCCAAUCUGAGAGAACUGCAUCUGACUGUGAGGACACUGGAUCUGUCUGGGAAUAAACUAGAAGACUCAGGAGUGAAGCGUCUCUGCGCUGGACUGGAGAAUCCUCACUGUAAAGUGGAGAUCCUGGGGUUGUUGCGGUGUGGUGUCUCAGAUGAAGGCUGUGCUGCUCUGAGUUCAGCUCUGAGAUCAAACCCCUCACACCUGAGACACCUGAAUCUGACCGGUAAUAAUCUGGGAGACUCAGGAGUGAAGCGUCUCUGUGCUGGACUGGAGAAUCCUCACUGUAAACUGGAGAUACUGUGGUUGUGGCGGUGUGGUGUCUCAGAUGAAGGCUGUGCUGCUCUGAGUUCAGCUCUGAGAUCAAACCCCUCACACCUGAGAGACCUGAAUCUGACCGAUAAUAAUCUGGGAGACUCAGGAGUGAAGCGUCUCUGUGCUGUACUGGAGAAUCCUCACUGUAAACUGGAGAUACUGUGGUUGGAGCGGUGUGGUGUCUCAGAUGAAGGCUGUGCUGCUCUGAGUUCAGCUCUGAGAUCAAACCCCUCACACCUGAGAGACCUGAAUCUGACCGAGAAUAAUCUGGGAGACUCAGGAGUGAAGCGUCUCUGUGCUGGACUGGAGAAUCCUCACUGUAAACUGGAGACACUGGGGUUGGUGUGUUGUGGUGUCUCAGAUGAAGGCUGUGCUGCUCUCGCUUCAGCUCUGAGAUCAAACCCCUCACACCUGAGAGACCUGAAUCUGUCUGGGAAUAAAAUCGGAGACUCAGGAAAGAAUCUGCUCUCUGCUCUUAAGGAUGAUGAACAUUACAAACUACAGACACUGUGGAUUUGAUGAACAUCUGUGUGUGUGAUGAAGACUCUUGUGUUCCUGCAGUUCCAUGUUGGAAAUGAGCACUUUAUUAGGAACAACUUGUGACCUGCAUGAAACUGCUUACAGUACUCUGCACAAUUUAUCAGUCAGAUCCAGUCCAAAGAAUUAAAAAUAUAAAUAGUGUUUUAUUUUUAUUGGAUAAAACUAGUUUGUGUAUUUAAAUUUCUGCAACAGUUCAAUAAAUUUAUCUCAUAUCAAUAUAUAUAUAUGAA